AUGUCUGCCAUGAACAAUGAAUUCAGCCGGUCCAAGAGUCCUUUCUACUCCGAGGUCAGCUAUCUGGACCAAUGUUCCGGCAAAGAGGUCUCUCUGGGCGGAAUUGAGGUGUAUGUGGCCGUUGUUGGACGGGAUGGCCAGAAAGCCAUUCUCCUUCCCAAAGCACACGUCACGAUGCACGUUAACAAGCUCUACGUGCACAAGAAGACGGAAACAAUCAUUCCCGUACCAAGGGGCCGUAGGGGUAUCAACGCUCGACUGGUGUACGAGGAUGGUGCCGAGGAACAAGGGAAGGAAACGGUCCAAAAUUUGGAGCGCUUUGUGCUCGAAUCGCAACAGCAGCUGAGGAAACUCGAGAAUCAGGUCAGGCAGCAUAAUAGCGAAAUAAAGAGGGCCAAGGACUUGAAGCAGUGGCGCAGCGACUACGAAGAUGUCCGACAGCUCUGGCUACGUUCGACGAGCACAGGGCCCGUCGCCCACUUCCUCGCCAUCGAUACCGAGUGUUGGGAUCAAGAUACCCGUGACAAGGACAUCAUCAUCGAGGUUGGCUGGAGCCUGAUCGUCCCUCGGACCGGAGGAUUUCAGCAGAACACCACGCACUUUCUUGUCCAGGAGUCCUACGAGGACAACUUGCGCAACGGUAAAUACGUGCCAGACAAUCGCAUGCGUUUCCUCUUUGGAGAUGAGAGCAGUAUCGAUGUCGACACGGCAGGCCACGCUUCGCCGUGGAAUUCGUGUACCCGCAUCGCUGGCCUCCUCGAACUCGGCGCGGAGCUGUCGAAGGUGAUUGAAGAUCUGCGCGAGCGUGGCCCUGUCUACAUUGUCUUCCAUUGCGCGGGGGGCGACCUUGGUGUGCUAGAAUCGUUACAGGUGAACAGCACCCACUGGACUUUCGCUGUCUCUGAGGAAGUUAGCGAGCGAAACGACGGUAUCAACGACACUGACAGCAACGGUCACGAAGACGACGCCGAAAGCUCCAGCACUUCGUCCAGUGCUCUCGGCCCAACUGUGGCGAACCUGGUCCAGCCAGCCUUGCGCACAGAGACGGCCGAUGGUCGCCCGCUUCACGCGGUCCGCGUCAUUGACACGCAGGCGCUUUUUGCGGCCCUUCAGAGAUGGCGAGCGGCCCACCGUUGGAGGAGAUGA